AUGGACACCGUCCUCAAGAUCUCACCUAGGAUACCCAACAUCAAUAGAGACAAAACGGCACAAACAUCCAUGCCUCUCUUAACAAGCCUCGUGUUAUCCCCAUUUGACUCUCAUCCCCAAUUCCGCUAUGGAACCCCGGCAUCGUUUAACCCAGAAAGCUAUACCGUGGGUUGGAUCUGCGCCAUCUUACCCGAGUACGUCUGCGCACAAGCUGUCCUCAACGAGACGCAUGAAGUGCCUGAUGUCUUCGAUGACCAAGAUAACAACGACUACGCCCUUGGUAAAAUCGGGAAACACAACGUCGUCAUCGCCACACUACCUGCGGGCGAGUAUGGCCUUGUAUCCGCAGCAUCUGUUGCCAGGGAUAUGCUACGAAGCUUUCCUAAUAUCCGAAUAGGCUUGAUGGUUGGCCUUGGAGGCGGUGCACCUAGCGAUCGCCAUGACAUACGUCUUGGCGAUGUCGUCGUCAGCACUCCAGGCGAAGGCGAAGGCGGUGUGUUCCAAUAUGACUAUGGAAGGGACAUCCAAGACCAGGAUUUUCAGAAUAUCGCCCACCUGGAUAAGCCACCCUUGUCCUUGCGCACAGCGAAAAGAAACCCCGAUUGCGAAAAGUUUAUAGCCGUCCAGGCCAAGCUACCGACCAACUCUACGCAAAGUCCAGUCUCCAUCCCCCAACGAUUACUCCCCUGUACACAACACUGUGGAGAUCCUAUUCCUCGGCCCGAACGCACCAAGGAUGAGGACCCCUCGAUACACUAUGGUCUAAUAGCUUCAUCAAAUAAAUUGAUGAAGAAUGCUAUAGUACGAGAUGAGCUGGCUAGUAAGAAGGGAGUACUAUGCUUUGAGAUGGAAGCAGCGGGGCUUAUGAACCACUUCCCCUGCGUUGUUAUCCGCGGUAUUUGCGACUAUUCCGAUACCCAUAAGAACAAGGACUGGCAGGGGAAGGUUGAAGCUGAGAAGAGGAUUAUUGAUAUGCUAGAUAGAGUGACCGAGGCGACAAACAGAGUGGAGUCGAAAGUCGGCGUCGCUAUAGCCAAGGUGGGCCAUCUAGUCGAGGAUGCUCAACAGGAUAAAGUCAAGCGGUGGCUCAACCCGCCAGAUCCCUCAGUCAAUGAGAAUGAUGCAAAGAUUCGCAGACAUCCUGGAACUGGUGCCUGGCUUAUUAAGAGCGAUUUUUUACCAAGUGGCUGA